UACAGGAAGUGCUCUCUUGUACCGUACGUCAAAAAGCUAGCUGGUGUUAGCUAUCAAACCUUAUUUGCUUUUGCAAGAGAAGACAUGUUGAUUUAAUCCCUGAAGAAACAGGUAAUUGAAGAAUAAACAAAUGUCAAUGUCACAUCUGUAUGGACGGAGAGGGGAGGCGGAGGAAGAAGGUGUAGAGAUCGAAAGUUUUGAGAUCACAGAUUGGGACUUGGCUAAUGAGUUCAACCCAGACCGCCGCAGACACAGACAGACAAAAGAGGAGAUGACCUAUGGCAUCUGGGCGGAAAGGGAUUCUGAUGACGAUGAGAGACCCAGCUUUGGAGGGAAGAGAUCUAAAGACUAUACUGCUCCAGUGAACUUUGUGAGUGCUGGUUUAAGAAAAACUGCAGCUGAGGAAAAACAACAAAAAGAAGAAGGAGACUCUGAUAACUCUGAUGAUGACACCCCUUCAGCACCUCCACCUACUCGAGGGCCAGCACACAAAAAGCUUCAAAAGGGCAAUUUUCGUGGAAACCAGUCUCAGAGGUUCGCUGGUGGCAUACAGACUGGACAAGGGAUAGGUACCUGGGAGAAACACACCAAGGGUAUCGGCCAAAAACUGCUGCAGAAGAUGGGAUAUCAACCAGGCAAAGGCUUGGGCAAGAAUGCUCAGGGUAUUGUCAACCCUAUCGAGGCAAAGGUUCGCAAAGGAAAGGGAGCAGUAGGGGCAUACGGCAAUGAACGAACCCAACAAAGUCUUCAGGAUUUCCCUGUGGUUGACUCAGAUGAGGAGGAGGAAAAGGAGUUUCAGAAGGAGCUAGGCCAGUGGCGUAAAGAUCCAGCUGCCUCAGGUGCAAAGAAGAAACCAAAAUACUCUUACAAAACCAUAGAUGAACUGAAAGCUAAAGGCAAGCUUGUUGGCCGCAGCAUUGGAGCUUCUGCUGGAGAGCUGGCACAAGUUAAGGUAAUAGAUAUGACUGGAAGAGAGCAAAGGAUAUAUAACAGUUACAGUCAGAUGUCCAACAAGCACAGCAUGCCAGAAGAAGGUUCACCCAGCAUGGCCACACGGGAUCAGAAGGAAUCUGGCUUUGCACUUCCUGAACUAGAACAUAACCUGCAACUUUUGAUUGACCUUACAGAACAAGACAUAUUACAGUCGGCCCGCCGCCUCCAGCAUGAAAAAGACGUGGUUGUGACGCUGAGCCACGAGUCUCAGGAACUGCAGAGCAGACUAGAGGAAGAGCAAGAUGCUAUCAGCAGAAUGGAGGCUGUGCUGGCUUUGGUGGACCGGUUCCCAUCUGGAGAGACAGCAAUAGGGGAGGGACCCACUUUACAGGAGUGUGCCCACAUCUUUGAGACUUUGCAGACAGACUAUUAUGAAGAAUACAAGACGAUGGGUUUGGCUGACUUGGCCACAGCUGUAAUUCAUCCCUUACUCAAAGAGAAACUUUUUCCCUGGGAUCCAUUAAAGGACAGUUCUUAUUGUCUUGAAGAGAUCGGUCAGUGGAGGGCAAUUCUCGAAUCUAGAAAUCUGAAUACCGGUGGCCGUGAUUCAAACAUGGACCCAUAUCACAGACUGCUGUGGGAGGUGUGGAUGCCUGUGAUGCGGUCCUCUGUGUCAAGCUGGCAGCCUCGCAUGGUGGCGCCAAUGGUGGACUGUGUGGAACUGUGGUCUCCUCUUCUUCCAGUUUGGAUCUCAGAUCACCUUCUUGAACAGCUCAUUUUACCUCGUCUGCAACGAGAGGUGGACAGCUGGAACCCUUUAACAGACACAGUGCCCAUCCACUCCUGGAUCCACCCUUGGCUGCCUCUGCUCCAAUCACGCCUCGAGCCUCUGUACCCACCAAUCAGGAGCAAACUUGCAAAUGCUUUGCAGCGAUGGCAUCCCAGUGAUGCCUCUGCACGCCUCAUCCUACAACCAUGGAAAGAUGUUUUCACUCCAGGAGCUUGGGAGGCCUUCAUGGUGAAAAACAUCAUCCCUAAACUCGCUCUGUGUCUGGAAGAGCUGGUCAUCAACCCUCACCAGCAGCAGAUGGACCCCUUUAAUUGGGUGAUGGACUGGGAGGGCAUGCUGUCCUCCUCCAGCCUGGUGUCUCUGCUGGACAAAAACUUCUUUCCAAAGUGGCUGCAGGUCCUGUGUUCGUGGUUGAGCAACAGUCCUAACUAUGAGGAAAUCACCAAAUGGUACCUCGGUUGGAAGGGCAUGUUCAGUGAUGUCUUGUUGUUACAGUCGCUCAUAAAAGAGAAGUUCAAUGAAGCCUUGGAUAUCAUGAACCGUGCAGUGUCUUCAGGCAUGGGUGGAUACAUGCAACCUGGGGCUAGAGAAAACAUUGCAUAUCUCACUCAGACUGAGAGAAGAAAGGACUUCCACUAUGAGGCCAUGCAAGAGCGCAGGGAUGCUGAAAGUAUCACUCACAGGGGAGUUGGCGCUACCGUACCCACAAACUUUAAAGAUCUCAUCCAGACCAAGGCAGAGGAGAACAACAUUGUGUUCAUGCCUCUUGUGGCCAAGCGUCACGAGGGCAAACAGUUGUAUACGUUUGGGCGCAUUGUCAUCUACAUAGACAGAGGAGUUGUAUUUGUGCAAGGAGAGAAGACGUGGGUUCCCACAUCUUUGCAGAGUCUGAUCGAUAUGGCUAAGUGAUUGUGAAUACUGAACUAUUAUGUGAAAAGCAAGUACAGUAAAUGUUUCCUUUUUUGUGUAAUUCCAGCAAUCCAGGCGUGUUUGUACACUUUUAAACAUUCAGUAGCACUAUGAAUAAAUGUGUUUUGUAUAAAUGUCUUCUGCUUUGGUAGUUGCUGAUAUACAACUCUGAUAUGCUGAUAUUUUUUAAUAAGGUUUUGUAUUUAAACUUCAUGUUAACAUACAGUACAUUCAGUAAUUUCAGUGAUCAUCAGCCCUUUAUUUCAACAUUGUUAGGUUCCUUGCUUACAAAUUACCUAAAACAAUUUUAAACAAAACUAAAGUAAUAAACCC